AUGUCCUCUAUAGGCUCAUCUCGUCCUGCCUCUGCCAUGGGAACCACAGAGGCCUCCAGUCUGGUGCGAUCUGCUGACCUAACUCAAGCUUCCUGGAGAAGAGCCAUAGCAGCUCAGCCCAAAGGUCCUGUUGAAAUAUUAGAUAGGAAUCCUGUUCCAUCAAGAAACAUUCAUCCUUCAUUUGCUGACCAGAGGAAGAUUGCCCAGAGCCUUGGAUCCAUGGACAAUCAUGGAAGGAUGCAUUCUGUUUAUGACAACUAUCAAAAGUCUGCAUUCAGUGCUAUUGGAAACUUGAAAAUAGUUGAAGUUCAUCCAGGUGGUCUUUUUGUGAAGAUCCUGAACUGUGCCCCUGAAAAAGAGGAGAGCAUUGGGGACUAUCUCCUGAUGCAAAACAUCCAAGGUCAACCAGUGGCAGUAUUCCGGUUUCCCCCAAAGAUAAGGAUGGCGGCUGGCUCGGUUGUGACAGUUUGGUCAGCAGAUGCUAAAGUGCUUCACAGACCUCCCUCAGAUUUUCUAUGGAAGGACCUGGAGAGAUUUAGGAGCGGCCUCAGCUGUGCUACCAUUCUCUGUGAGCCUAGAGGUCAGGCUGUUGCUUGGUAUACUCCUCUCUACUGCAACGGAAGGCAGGGAUGGGUGGCAAGAGAAGAAAGGGAAAACUUAGAGAACAUCAUUAAACUGUCUUCUUCAACAACAAAGCUGGAAGAGGGAUGGGGAAAGGGACAGGAACCUACAAUGACUGACACAGAGUGGAAAAGGGCUGACCCAGGGCAAACAAGAAAAAAAAGACAAAGCUUCAUUAAAAGGGAAGAAGAGAUCCCUGCAUCCCUGUUCCCUCAUCAGAGUGCUUGGUGCCAAAGUCCAGACGCUCCCACACACCCGCACUUUUCUCUGCUUAGACCGUUAACCAUGGGGAAUGACGGCAGCAGUUUCUGCAGGCAGUCCCGGAGCCAGUCGGCAAGGCCUGACCCUGUGCCGGGCACUCUGUAUGCAGGAACUAGCCAGAGAAGAAAUCCCUCAGCUCCCAGCUGCGUGAAUGGGAAAGACAGAAGAAGGCCUACUCGGUCAGCAGGGCCUAAUUUUGGUGGAGUGAUGUACAUAGGGUCUCGUCCCCCUGCUGGCACUGCUCUCCAGAAGUACUUUGUCACUCCAUCUUACAGCUUCAUGCUGCAAACCCAUCACUUUCUCCAGCUUCCAGUGCAAAACCUAUGAACAGGAUGAAGUUAUUCGGUCUUAUUAUUUUUUUUAUAUCCUUUGCAAAAUGGUUAAGCGGGUUGUUGCUUCAAGAGGUGAGAAGAUUUGGCUCUGUGGUGACACCAGAGAAUGUCAAUGUUGUUAGUACAGAUUACCAUGUCCCAUAACAUUUAUUCCAAUGAUUCUUAUCA